GAGCUGCCGGGAGCAGCGCGGGCCGCGGGCAGCGCUUCGGCGGCGGCGGCGGCAGUGGCGGGGCCCCGGCUGCGCGGGUGGGCAGCGGCACGGCAGCGGCGGCAGGGAGCUGGUUCCCAGGCAGCGGCAUGUCCUGAGGAAAGCGACUGAGCGGCGCGGAGCCGAGCUGGGCCUCACCCCUGCACCCACCACGGAGGGGUCGGUGGAGCAGCGGGCCAAGUGCCGGGCCCCCAUGAAGGAGAAGGAGGCGGGGGCGGAGCGGGGCAAGCCCGCCACUUACACCGGGGACAAGAAGGCUCGUAUGGCGGCCAAGACCAACAAGAAGUGGGUGCGCCUGGCCACCGUGCUGGCCUACGUCCUCUCCGUCUCGCUGGCCGCCAUCGUCCUCGCCGUCUACUACAGCCUCAUCUGGCAGCCGGUGCGUGGCGGCGGUGGCGGCUCCGCUUCCAGCCCCGGCCCCGCCGCAGCCGCCACCUCGUCCUCCCAGCCCCGCGCCGCCCCGCCGCUACCGCCGGGCGCCGGGGCCGGCCCCGCACAGGAGGCUCCGCCAGCGUCGCCGCGGACGGGCCCCGACCACCGCGGCCUCGCCCACACUGAUCGCCCGGACGCGUCGCAGCCGCCGCCCGGGGCCGGGCUGGAAGCGCGGGACGCGGUGGACGGUGCUGCCGCUGCCGCGCUGCAGCGGGCGCAGGGCAGCCCCUGAGGCGGCGGCCGGCGGCGCUCGGCCCGAAGCGCUGCGGGAGGACGGGGCCCGGCGGACAGCGGGGAGCGGCCGCGCUGCAGCGUGGGAGGCUCGGGCCGACCCCCGGCGGGGGAUGUCCGCCGAGGCCCGCAGGAGGACGGAGGCCGGCGGGGCGCUGCCGGAGGUGGGAUGGGGUUGGGAGAGCCCCGAGGACCCCAAGCCGGAGACUGACUCGGACUUUGCCUCGGCACCGCUGCGGUGGCUCCUGUUUUCUUCCCCCAUUUUUCCUCCAAAGGGAAUCCCGCGGCUGCGGUUUUCCUCUCCAGGGCUAGGCUCCCCCCUUCGAAUUCCUCCGCUGUUUCUGCCACUGUUACCACCUACCCACGGAUCUCCCUGUCCCAGAUCCCUCACUAUUUACCGGACCAGCUGGGAACAAGAUGAAUUUAGAGGCUGUAAUCCAUUGUUUAAGUAAAAACAAACCCAGUUUUGUUUAACGAUGAGCAUAAACUUAUUUAAAAACCCUGUGGAAGGUAAAUCGACUUGUUUACUAUAUUAAAGUAUUUUCCCAAUAGGAAA